AUGGCAAACAACAAUAGCUCCAAGGUGACAGAGUUCAUUCUGUUAGGAUUAACAGAAAACUGGGAGCUGCAGGUCAUCUUCUUUGUGCUGUUUCUGAUCAUCUAUAUCAUUACUGUGCUGGGGAACCUGGUUAUUAUUCUAUUAAUCAGAGUCCAUUCCCAACUGCACACGCCCAUGUAUUUUUUCCUUUGCCAUUUGUCUUUCUCUGACACCUGUUAUUCAUCAUCUGUCACCCUCAAUAUGCUGGUGAGUUUCCUGUCGGUCAAGAAGAGCAUUUCAUACCUUGGUUGUGCCGCACAGUUCUGUGCCAUAUUUACUUUUGGGACAAAUGAAUGUCUCCUCCUGGCAGUGAUGGCAUAUGAUCGUUUCACAGCAAUCCGUCACCCACUGCUCUACACCGCCAUGAUGACCAAGAAGAUCUGUACCCUGCUUGUGGCUAGUUCUUACACAGGGGCAGGUAUCAAUGCCUUGGUGGAAACAACUUCUGUCUUCAGCUUGUCUUUCUGUGGCCCUAAUGUGAUGAAUCAUUUCUUGUGUGACUUCCACCCAUUGCUGCAGCUUUCUUGUUCCGACAUUAGCCUUGCCAAAGUGCUCAAUUCUUUUGUGUCAGGGAUUAUAGUUGCUAUUACAAUCCCAACAGUUCUCAUCUCCUACCUUUACAUCCUCCUGGCCAUUCUGAAGAUUCCCUCCACCCAAGGGAGACGCAAAGCCUUCUCCACCUGUGGUGCCCACCUCACAGCUGUAGCUCUAUUCUAUGGGACCACGACUUUUGUCUAUGUGUUGCCCAAUUCCAGGGAUACUCUAGAGCAGAAUAAAGUGUUCUCUGUGUUCUACAUCAUAGUGAUCCCCAUGUUGAAUCCCUUUAUCUACAGUCUCAGAAACCGGGAGGUAAAGGGAACUCUGAGGAGGACAAUUGACCAGAGAAGAAUAACCAGUGGGUCAUAUUUCAUCUGA